UCAUUUUUCCAGGCCCACGCAGUGGGACAGAUGCCAGCAGGCCUGGGCCAGGCUGGGCAGAGGCUGUGAGGGAUGGAUCCCUGCAGGACACACUCACCUCUGUGCAAGGCACCCAUCGCAGCCUAUGGGGAAGAGAGCGCACUGUGACAUCACACGCUCUGCCAAUGGGACCUGAGGAGUCCAAGCCCCACACUCCAGGGGGAAAAACGGCCCUGAGCCAGGAGACCCCCCAGUCCGCCCCAGACCCCGCCAUGGGCCCCGGGCCAGUGUGGUUGGUGGUUGUUUGUCUCCUGGGAGCAGGCCCCACAGACACCGGAGGUGCAGGCAGCAGAGUCACCCAGGCUCCCAGAUAUCUGGUGGUCCAGAAUGGGGAGAAUGUGACUCUGAACUGUGAACAGAACAUGAACCACGAUUACAUGUUCUGGUACCGGCAAGAUCCAGGUCUGGGGCUGCGGCUGAUCCAUUUAUCCAGGAACACUGAUUUUACUGAACCAGGCCUCGUGGAUGCUGGAGUCACCCAGACCCCCAGACACUUGCUGGUCCGGACGGGGACGGAGGUGAACCUGAGCUGUGAGCAGAACCAGAACCACAAUGCCAUGUACUGGUACCAGCAGAACCCAGGGCUGGGACUGCAGCUGAUCUAUUAUUCUAGCAAUAUAGGCUUGACACAUAAAGGAGACAUCCCACAGGGGUAUUCAGUCACUCGGAAGGAAAAGGCACACUUCCCCCUGACCCUGGCUUCUGCGGACACAAGCCAGUCAUCACUAUAUUUCUGCGCGAGCAGUGUAACCACAGCCAGUGCUGCACAUAAACCGCCCUAUACACAAACCUCUCCCGGGCCUGAGCAGAAAGCAGGGAGGGGGAACGAAGGCCUUAUUUACCCUUGAAUUUUCCUAUCACUGCUACACCAUUCUCCUUGUCCUGUAGUUCGUAAUCCUAGUGCGAUUUUUGUUGCGAGCUCCCCCGACGUUCAUACCAACCAGGACCUUCCUAGACCAGAGGGCCCUCACAUCCGCCAACCUAAAUCUCUUCCCCUCUUCAAAGCCCUACUUAGAGCUCACCUCCUCCAGGGGGCC